CUCACUCACACAAACACACUCACACAUCUUUAGAAACUAUUACAUAACAUUUGAUGUGCUCAGCCUUUUUUCAGGAUCCCCGGUUCCCUCCGGUCGUGUUUACGGCGCACAACCCAUCACAUGACUGACUGCAAUUCCCAUCAAUCCUCUUGACGCAUGCGCACGCCGCGUUGUCUGGCAGUGGUAAACAGACGUCAGAAGGGAGUCUUCGCCUCGAGUCAAAACAAAACAAGAAAGAUCUACGAGGAAUAGCUGUUUGUCUAUCUCCGGUAACAACAGAAGGGAAGCGAUUUCGCGUUAAUUUCAACAGACGACCAAGUUAUUGAAGCGAAGCGGGUUUCUUCGACUUUUACCGGAGGGAUAUUAACUCAUAAAAACUGGAGUUGGUUAACUAGGUGGCUCUCUCAGUAGUAAAACUACGCUUGCGAGUUUUGUCCCAGAGGCCGAGUGGCCGGCGACUGAAUGAAAGAAGUGGGCCGGCGACAGGUUUUUGUCUUUUCGAGGAAUACGUCGACCGUAGUGGGAUUCGGGAAGGCUUCAACGGGACGGACACGCUCGGUUUAGAUGAGCCCGCGCGAGCAUCGUGUGUAGCUGCGUCUCGAGGAACAUGGCAGACGGUGACACGCGCCAGCACGCAGCGCGGAGGACCGCGCAAACCUGAACGGCAAUAACACAGGUUUUUAUUGUAUGGUAAAAACCGUAAAACUACCCGUUAUGAUCGAGCACUCCUGUAAGACAUUAUCUUGGUCUUUUUUUAAAAUGUAAUAUUUUGAUCGUUAUGAAUUAAAUCUUACGUACGGCUUCUUUUGGCGAUUUAACAAUCUUGCUUAACGCAUUUGAGUUGAGACGCACAACCUUACGUUUCUAUGUUUUUAACUUCCCGAUUAAUAAAAUAAUUGUUGACUUUGACAGGCAGCUGUAACAAGUAAUUCCCAUUCACUUGAAUUCGUUUACAAGGACAGUAUUCUUACAUAGCAUAGAAAUACACUCGAGUUUACAAGGAAGAUUAUUGUACGAUUUGACGCUCUCAUAUUAAGGUGGUUUAUCGCUUUUUGUAGAGUUUGUAAGUUGGUCUAUAUUUAUUUAUAGAUUUACGUAUUUUUCUUGUUCUGAAAUCUAAUUGCGAAAGCCAAUCAACCAUUCGCUGCUAUAAUAGGAACCAGCGGGAGGUGGUUAUUUUAGCAAUUACAGCGCAUGUUAUAAUUGGUUUUGCGAGUUCACCUACUUAACUGCCUCAACGACCAUUUUUUUAUUUUAUUUUAUUUUAUUCUGUAAAGGGGUGUUUAAUUAUCUAAGAAAAGUUCAUAAUCAUCCCUUGUCACUCCAGCGCGUGUUUUCCUGUGGUUUAUCUCAGUAGUUGCUCUUGACAAUCCAGCUGUUUAGAUGUGUAGUGAAUUUCCUUUGUUCCUUCUACAUUAAACAAAGAUACCCCCUACUAUCCUCGUUUGCUCUAUGUAAAUCAGAAGUUUUAUGUUAGUUACUAUUAAGGAGAUUAUUUGGCCCCUUUAAUCUCCAAUUUGAGGAUUAAUUGAUGCUAUAUUGGUGUGUUCAGAUUAUUACAUAUGUGCUCCGUUACGCUUUAGACAGUCGCGGUUAAAUUUAGUCCGGAUAAUUUAUACUGUAGUGUUUCCAAUAUUAAGCAAUAAAAAAACAAAUAGUUCUUAAACAAGAUUUUGAAAUUAUUUUCUUAUAAAUAGUCGUACUCUUACUUUUAAUCGCCCAGUCUGUUGGUUUAUUGAAUUGUGUUUUUAAAAACGUCUGAAAUCCAGCCUUCCUCUGAAAUUAUCUGGAUUGUAUCACACAAUGGAGGAAGAAAACGUACCCCCCCCGAUUGACCCAGAUUUUGAGCCCCAGAGCAGACCGAGGUCAUGUACAUGGCCGCUGCCUAGACCCGACAUCUCAGCUGUCAACGCUGGGGGGGGCGACGGCUCAGAGUCUGCUGCUGGAACUCCGCCCGCCGAGGAAGAUAAACACGAGCCUCAGCCAAUCAUAUCUGAGCCUGAGAAAGCCACGGUCUCUGAGGGCGGGGUUGUCGCUGGAGUGGGCGGGGCCACGCCUCGAAAAGGCUCUUCCAGGCGUAAUGCCUGGGGUAAUCAGUCCUACGCAGAUCUAAUCAGCCAGGCGAUUGAAAACUCGCCAGAUAAACGACUUACUCUGGCGCAGAUCUACGAUUGGAUGGUAAAAACGGUGCCGUAUUUUAAGGACAAAGGAGACAGUAAUAGUUCUGCUGGGUGGAAGAACUCCAUUCGCCACAAUUUAUCGCUCCACAGCAAGUUCAUGCGAGUGCACAAUGAGUCGACUGGAAAGAGCUCUUGGUGGAUGCUCAACCCUGAGGGGGGCAAGACUGGCAAAGCCCCUCGCCGCCGCGCCGCCUCAAUGGACAACAGCAGCAAAUUGCUUAAAAGUCGUUUGCGAGCAAAGCAAACUAAAAAGCAGGCUGGAGCGGCAGGGAUUGGAGGCUCUGGAGGUGCCCUGCAGGGUGAGGGUGCUUCUGGUGCUGGUGGUGCGGACAGUCCCGGGCCUCCAGUUCAGUUCGGAAAGUGGGGAGUGAACAGCAGCAGCCCUUCCUCUCGUGGCAGCCUGGAUGACCCGGACAUGUGGACGAGUUUCAGGCCACGUACAAGCUCCAAUGCCAGCACGCUGAGCGGGAGGCUUUCUCCCAUUGCCACGGGGCAGGAGGACGAGGAUGACCUACCUGAGGAUGGCCUUCUUGGUGGCUAUUCCACAGGGAAUCUUCCCCCAACACUAACUGAGACGCUAAUGGAAGAACUGGAUUUGAUUGACGGGCUAACUUUAAUGACUGGUCCGCAAGGUGGUGUGAGCCCAAGCACAGCUCCUCCUGCCCCACCUCAGCCUUUGCCCUCGGCAUCCACCCUGCUGCCUCGAGGGUCCAGUUUUCCUUCAUUUCGGCAGCUGCAGCCAGCAAAGACUACACAGGGAUCCACUCCGCCUGGGCCACAGAGCUCGGUUCAGCACAGCGCCGGAUCCAGCACAAGCCCAUCGAGCUUCGGAAACUCCCUCUUCAGCCCCCUGCCCGGUCCUGGUCACAGUGGUUUCAGCACUCACGUGCCCUCCAGCCUCGAAGCUCUCCUGACCUCUGAUUCGCCCCCACCCAGCGAUGUUAUGAUGACCCAAAUGGAUCCUCUCAUGCCAAGCCAAGGAGGUGGUGGGCUUUUGGGGCUCGGGAGAUCUAUGUCCAGCAGCCAAGCUAAGGCAGGUCAGAUGUUGCUGAGCAAAGGCAUUGACACAAGCACGGUGGGGCAGAUGAGCCUCCGGCCUCAACCCCAACUCCAGCACUCACAGAUGGGCUUUGGAAUGAUGCACUUGGCCAUGAGCCAGGAACCACCUCAGCUCGCAACUGUAAAGACCCAGCAUCAGGUGCCAGGCUCUGGGCUUCUGCAGCAUGGACCUGUCCCGUCACCUGGUGGGAAUGGAGGCCUGCAAGGUCUAGGCCAGUUUGCAACACCACCCUACUUCAUGCCCUCCCAGGACCGUCUGCCUACAGACUUGGAUAUCGACAUGUUCACUGAAAACCUGGACUGUGAUGUGGAAUAUAUUAUCAACAGUGAUCUUAUGGAUGGAGACCUGGUUGACUUCAACUUUGACCCCAUCAUACAGGGUGGACAGGGCUAUACUGGGCCAGCAACCACACAGAGCUCCUCCCACAACUGGGUGCCCAGCUAACUCCAUUAUUAAAGAUGAGAACAGGAUUGUCCCCCAUUCUUAAAACAACUUUGAAAACAGAUGUGGCAUAUUGCCUGAACAUAUUCUCACAUUUUUGCCUCUGCAUUUGCCAUUGUACCUCAAAUACAUAAACUGCUUUGGCUAAGGACAACACGUGCUUGGCCUAGAAGUCUCAUGUCAGAAUUUUCAAUUAAAUGACAAAAUCAAACCUCAUACAUGUCCCAAGUGCCAAUGUCAACUAAAGAGUGUGCUGUUGGACACAGAGAACAUGGUCUUGAAACAUAUUUUUUUUCGUCUUUUGUCUUAUAUGUGCAACAUUUUAGUUUUGAAAUUUGCCGGUUUUUUUUUGGCCAAUCUUGGACUAAAGCACACCUAAUAAAGAGCUAAUUAUGUUUAUUACAUUAUUUGCCUAUGAUGCGUAGUGUAAGAUGGAGAUGGUACUCCUCCUUGAUGUUCUUCCCCCUGAUAAUGGAACUCAUUCGGCCAGGAGGAUCAAACUCUGCAGCUUUUCUUGAUGUGAACUUGUUUGUUGAAUAGCCUUGAAGAAGUCCGAGCAGCUGAGAUUGAUGGAGUGACUUCCACAGCUGACCUGACGUUGUUGUUGCUCUCAGCCCCCCUCUGAGCAUGAAAACAACAAGGCACCAUAGGAAUGUUAAGUUGAGAACAACAUUGAGUGGCGACGGUUUCACUGACCACAGCUGAACUGUUAAGGUGUGCUCUCUCUCUCUCUCAUCGGAAUGAAGCAUCAAAGUUUCAAGGUGGUUUGGUGACGCUGUGGUGUUCAAUGUGCAAUUAGUUUGGCUUUUAUGACCUCUUCUCUCACGAAGGCGUUUUCUUGUGAUGUGCUGAGGAGGCUGAUAACUGAAUGAUGAUUUAACUGUCUGCUCUUAAGUGUUUGUUAAUGAUAACAACAGUAUGAAGAAAUGUGAUUUUCCACAGGGCAUUUUAAUGCAUUUUUAAUCCUGCCAACAAGUUAAAUGGUAUAGUGUUAUUGUUGGAAACUUGGAGCCCUUUUGCAGAAUACAAUAUCUGAAGAUUUUGUGUGUGUGUGUGUGUGUGCACAUUUGUGUGCGUUCAAAUAUGUUUAAUGCUCCCGAAACUUGAUUCCAACACACUAACAACAGAAUUCAAGGUUACACUGAAUCAUUUCAUUUAAGCGCAGAAGAAAGUUUGUUUUCCGAGUUAUACGCGAGUUAGAAGCGAAUCUUGAAGAAACAUGGCUACAGUAAUGAGAUGUUAUGGUUCCUCUGGCAUGUUUAAUUGUGUCCACAGACGCACAGAAGAAAAACUAUUUUCUCAUUGUUCAGUUUUUCAUAAACAGCACUACUCAUAUUUUAUAAAAAAAAUGUUAUUAAAGAACAAAAACAGUUGGAUAUAUCGACUAUAAUUCUAAUUUAGAUUGGGGCGUUAUCAUUAACAGACUAAUAAAAAAAACAUGCUGUUAAUGAGCUUUUUCUAAUCUGAGCAGAAGCUAUUUCAGAUCAUUUUUAACGGUCAUUUUCUAUGUAAUCUUUAUUUUUGUAAAAGAUGAAAUGCAUAUAGAUUUUAUACAAUAACCAAAAGAACACUAAGAACUGCAUGUUGGAUGUAUGCAUUGCAGUGCAGAUAAGCUUUACAAAACCUUUACAGUUCUUCAAAAGUUGAAAUUUGCUAUAAUUGUUUGUGCUAAAUAGAAAAAAAAAAAUGAUUUGCUUGGUUGCUUUUCUAAAUGUCUAGGCAAUUAUUUCAUCUCAAAAUGCAAGACUGGUCCAACCGAAAAUGAUUAAUGCAAGGUUUCAAUCUCAGGGUUAUGAAAAAUAGUAAUUAAAACAACUUCUGGAAGUAAUGAGAUAAUCAUGUUAUGACUUCAAUGCUCAUGGCCUUUUCUAAAUUGUGAAAGUCAUUUAUGCAAGCCAACGUCACAUAGAUAUUUUAGCAUUGCAGAAAUAUAUCUAAUCUUGCAGUUUAUUAUGAGAGAUGUAUCUAAUGUAUGCAUUUGUAGCGUUCCUACAAAACUUUGUAAACUGCCAAUGAACACUAUAGCAUGUCGCUCCAGAGAAAACCACACAGUUUUAAAGCCCUUUUCUUUUCAACUUGUACCUUUUCUGUAAUAGAAGGGUUGACUUUUAUUUAAUUAUUUGUUCAGAUGGUUUUUAUCCAGUUUAAAACCAGCAUUCGGAAGUUGUUGUUUUUUUUUGGUGUAUAAAUUGGCUUUAAUUUGAGAGCUUGACAUUAGUAACUGGUCUGAGUGCAUUAGAUUAAUUGUUAAAGCGUUCUCUCCUUACAGAGGAAUAAUUUUAUCCUAUUCAUCGGUGCUAGAUAUUAAAUAUGACAGUUAAAGUGGGCCAUAUUUGAUUGGUGCAUAUGUAGAUAUCAGGGCCUUUAAUAAUUUUAUGCAACACAUUUUGAGUACAAUUUCUUAAUGUAGAACAUAGUAUGAGAAAUGUACCUAUGUUUUAAUUCCCAAACUCUCAGUUUUUGUAUAUUAUAAAAGAAACUGUGAAUGGGGAGGGAAGGGCUCACCACAUAAAAUGUAACGAUGCUCCUCACAAAUGGUGUAAUGUUUGAUACAGCGAUUGAUGAUUUUCCAUCAUCCGUUUACAUCGAUGUGCUUGUCUUUUGGGGCGUCUUUUCUUAUGUUUUUAUCUUUGUACAUGUAACGCAGCUCCUUGAUGUCCAAGAGUGAUUGUUAUACCUGCAUGGUACAUCUUUCAGAAAGCUUCAUGGCUGACAGUCACCUUUGAUAUUUUCUCAUGUCAUUUGAGUGUUGAUUUGAAAGUGAUUUUUCGUGGUUAACACCCUGGCUUUGUUUAAUUUCUCAAAAUGCAGAUAUUGAAUAUUUUCGUCCCAUCAGACAGACGUAACAGGGCUGCUGCAGGAAUUCUACACCUUCCCGCUUUCCAAAUCACUCUCACUUUCCUUGUUUGAUAUUAGCCUGCUCUUCCUUUAGUAUUCAUUAUUUUGGUUCUUUUCAUUUUCCUAGAGAGUUUGCUAAGUAUCCCAGUUGAUAACACAGGACAUUAGUUUAUGGUCUGGGUUGGGUUUUUUCUCUCUCGUUUUGGGUUAUGGUGGGAUGUAAAACUGACAAGUUGUGCAUAGCCAAUAUACUGUAUAUGUACUUGAUUGCUUUUUUAAUUUUGUCCCCCCCCCAUAUUUUGUUAGUCCGAGGUCAUUGAAAGCAGUUCAGCAUAAUAUAAAUAAACCUAAUCUGUUUAACGAA